AUGUUUGAUGCGAGCAGUCAUUCAAUCUGGACACCGACAGCGCAUGUCGAGAUUCUCAACGCCUCCAUGGAGGUGCAGCGGGGCCACUAUGCCUCCACUGUCAAUGAUGGCCGGCAGCCAAAGCUUACCGUAUCAACUUCCAACCUUGUCUCUUUGAUGAGCAGCAAUUUCAUUGGAAAAGACACUGACGUUAUCAAGAUGUGGGUCCUGGCACCCCUCCUGCCACCUAAUCUUCUUGUUUUGGGCCCUGCUUCCCAAACAGGAGGAACAUCCCAUCUGAACCAGAACCCCAAGGGUGAAGGCCCGUCUACGCAAACCCUUGACUCCCUUGUGUCAGAAGUCAUUGAGAUUGAGUCUUCGGACGACAACAAUGAUGCUGCUGAUCCUGGUGACCUGAAGGUUGAUGCGCUCAUGGCUGAUGAAGAAUUGCGUAACUGGUUAGAUGUUGGUUGA